AUUCUUCCUAUCAUUACCAGUGUCCCAGGUGGUUCACCUUAUCCACGGAAGUGAACUCUUCUAAGCAAGGAAACAACACUUUUUGCACAAUGGAGCAGCUAUUUAAUUACUCACGAGGUAAUGAAUCAGAAUAUUAUAUAGGCUCUUUCCCUGCUGUGGUAGAUGAAAUACACGAGAUACAGAACAGAGUUAAAAUUCCUUCAAGUCCUGAAAGUGGUUCUAAACUGGUUGACUUCCCUUUCAAUACUACUGGAAUUGCUCCAAAUGUUUCUAAAAUACCAGAAAUUUUUUCUUCUCCGUAUGAUCAACUGUUCGAUAAUUUAACACGGAAUCUUCUCACUGGCGUCAUUGCCCUUAUUUGCAUUUUAGGCCUGGUGGGAAAUGGAACGACAAUUUAUUUCCUGGCUUUUUCCAUUAAGAGGAAUCCUUUCACCACUUUCAUCCUGAAUCUCUCCAUCGCUGAUUUUGGGGUCAUCACAUCCCUCAUUACUGCAGCUAUAUUUGUGUCAGUGUUUACUCUGAGUCACAGAGCACACCUUCUCAAUGCCCUUUUCUUCUUACUUUUUGAAUUCUUUUUCUUUACCUAUUCUGCCAGCCAGUUUCUGCUGACGGCCAUCAGCCUGGACAGGUGUGUGGCUGUUCUUUUCCCUCUCUGGCAUCGCUGCCAUCGUCCGCCAUAUUUAUCCACACUUGUUUGUGGCCUCAUCUGGAUCCUCUCCUUCCUGCUCUCUGCGGUGCAUUUCAUUCUCCACCAGACCAGAACCUAUGGAAGAUCACCUUUGUUUUACCAGCUGAUUGUGAAUGGUUUACUUUGUACACCUCUCAUGGCUGUGUCCACUGUGACUCUCUUGAUUCAUAUGAGGUCUAAAAUGCAACGCAAUCAAAAGAAACUUCUCACUACCAUUUUUCUGGCUCUCCUUUUCUUCCUCCUGUUUUCUCUCCCAAUGGAUGUCUUUUAUGUCCUUGAAUAUUUUGUUUCCUAUAAUCCCCUCCUCCUGACCAUUGGGGUAGGAUGUGCCACUCUCAACAGCAGCAUCAACCCACUCCUUUAUUUCUUAGUGGGGAGGAAGAAGAGAGGAAAAGAUCAGCCCAGAACCUCUUACAAGUUUGCUCUGCAAAGAGUCUUCAAGGAUGAGAAGGGAAGCACGGAAGAUCAGUUGUGAAGAGUCAUAAAUAUUGCAUAUGCAAUAUUUUGAGGUACAAGUUUAUUUGGGAUAUCACAUGUGCUUUCCUUAAGAACCUACAGAUGUGAUACAAUUUA